UGACCCGAUCUUUCUAUCCCCUACUUUCAACAACGAAGAACUUUAAAAACGUAAACGAAAAACGAAAAACUUUGACUUUUGACCCUCUUCUCACCAUAUCAUUCUCAGCUACGGACGGUAGCUCGUUUUAUGGACUUUCACAACAACAACAAAAAAUCGAACAACAAAAUCACUCAGCAGGAGCACUCGUACCAACACGAAGUUCGCAACAAUUUGAAAAAUCACGCGCGAAGAGGUGUGCAACAAACUCAACUUUGGCGACCAACCACACUCGCGAUUCUGACGCCAACGCGGAAGAAAACAAGUGAAGUGUUUACUUACGCACGUUCGCUGCGACAAACACGAAGAUUCGAGCUGCCACAAGAACCGUAGCUUUUUCGUCAGAACAAGAGAUCCAUUCCAGACAGCACGUCGAGCCGAAAAGUCUCGCACCUGCACAGCCUGCUCGUCCAGAUCGAGUAGACCGACCAUGUCGACCAUCAAGUAUGAAUUGUAAAAGUGUCUGGGUCUGGAAGAUUGCAACUUGUCAUGGUAAAUCUGAAGCAUGCAAAAAUCUGUGUGGCAUGAGUGCCAAAAGCUGUACACUUUUCACCAAGUUGGAAAGGAGUUUCUCAUGCAGGAUAGGCAUGGAAGAGACCUCGGCGUCGGCCUCGCAGAGUCUGUCAUGCUAAGUGCCGCAUUCCAGACCUUAUGGGUCAUGGAAAAGCUGCGUGAGAAGUCUAUAACUUUCCAGACCCAGACAUAUUCGCAUUUGAUAUCCGAAGCGGCGUCACGACGUUCCUCGCCGCCGGCGCGGCGUCCUCGCUAACGGCCGGCGUGGCCGCGGUGAAGACGAUUCAGCACCAGCAGAUUGACCAGGGAGGGGAUUCGCAGGUCGACACCACGGCAGACCGUCGCCAGGAGGGGCUUCUCAAAAUUACGGAAGCCGGGGGUUUCCUCGGCUUCCGCCCGGCGAGCAACGACGGGAACGCUGGUUUUAUCAAAGGAGAAAGACGGACUCGCUCCUCUGAUUUUUCCACUACAUGUCGCACCGAGGAAACUAAGUAAAUGUGAACUCUUAAUAUGCCGGCAUUGAUUGUAGUUGCUUUCGAAAUCUCAUGGUGUACUGUAUUUCGACGUUUUCGGGGUGGAUAUGUGGAUAUUGAAGAUGAGACAGAUGAGCAAAUUAAUAGUAAUUCAAUGUCGUUUUAUGAUCACAGUCAUAUCCUUUCUGUCGCAAAACGUCGCAGUGCGUGUCAGCAUUGCGUUUUAUCAACAGAACACGACAACGUACUUAAUCUUCCUCGUGAGGUGGUGUUGCUGUAGUGGUCCUUUCCAUUUGAUACGCGCAGUUGCGCCCAGCAGCGCGUCGACGGGGCAAGAAGAUGACCUGCUGAAACGGGAAGCGACAUCCGGCGAACAACAUUCUUUGCCUGAGGUCGGUGGACCGGACCACGACUUCCACGAGGAAGUACCGGAUGCUGAUGCAUUUCUGCAGCGGAUCAAUGCGGACACAGCCAAAAUCCAAAUGGAACCUCCUAUGACAUAAAAGUCUUUCUUAGUUUACCAUCAUCCCGGACACAGUGCAGCAACGGAUUGCGAAGGAAAGCCUAUCAUGUAUGAUUAUCAGCUCCUGCAAGAGUGCGACUUAUUUUUUUAUUGUACACUACUUGCUCUUGCACUUGCUGAGAAAACGAGGACAAGAAUAGGACAGUAGUGCCAAGCAGCAUGGAACGCUUUGAAAUGUUAAUAAAUGCGGUUGAUCAUGCGGAGGCUCUUCACUAUGUUGAUUUGAUUGCUUUUGCAUUUGAUUGCUUUUGCUUCAUCACAACUUCUUUGUAGACAUCGUCCUUGAUGCCAUCGGAGACACGCCCCAGCAGAGCGCGCGUUUCUCUUUCUCGAUUACGCUCAGUUGCUUUAGAGUAAAGGCCUCGGCUACAAUUCACGUGUUGCAUUCGCGACAACCGAAACCAAAAGCCAAAGAAAAUCAUCUUCGUAAAAUAUGGCUAGGCCCCCCGGCUGGCGGGGGCGGGGUAAUUUUUUUUCAGGCACUAGUACUAGUGGCACAACACGUAGCGCGCUUGCUCGAUGGUAAUGAUGACGAAGGCCGCGGCCCGCGAAUACAUGAUAAAUGAAUAAGUGGCAUUUAAUUAAUAUGAUUUCGAAGCCCUCGUCCUCUCCGCGUCCGCGGGUCCAGGUCCUGGGGAUGGAUGGUACAUGUUUUCAACACGAUACGAACGCAACACGAUACGAAGAUGUACCGGGAAGCUGGAAAAGCAUGGGCAAGGUUUUUGGACGACCGCAAAGAUUCUGUCUGCAACGAGUUUCGUCCCCACGAACUAAGCGAACAAGAGCAAGAGGAAAAGCGCGAGCUCGCGUCAGUUUUGAAUGAGGCGAAACAGGCACAGCAGCGUUUCGACACUACGAAGAAGCAACAGGAACAAGGCUACUUUUGGUCCUUGCUCGGUUGGUUAGAUCCUGGCCCAGUGCUGGAGGUCGCUGAAAAAGCCUUCACGGGGCAGGGUGUGUGUGCGCGAUCGAUCGACGACAAUGACCAAUGCAAACCUUUUGUGGGCUUACUGGGCGCUCUUGAAGACAACUACUACCUCGAAACUGCGGACAAAAAAAUUGUCUGCAACUGCGCAAACCAUGACGGCAUGCCCGUCACCGAUGCCCGUGCCUUUUGUGCAGAGACGGAUUCGCUCUGGGACACUUUGAUCAACUAUCUUCCGUCCUAUCCCACUUAUCGCUUCAAGGUGCAAGCGGUGAUUCCCACUGCAGAGCAGCUCGGCAGAAACUGCGUCGCGUGGCUCCAAAAGCAAGUGGAGGUCGCGCCUUCCACUGACACGGUGAUGAGUGACAUACUGACGCAUCUCGGAGCCGGUGCUUUCAAGAAGACACAUGAUGCCAGCGGAAAACGAGAGUGGAAAGAUCUUGUCCAGGUCCCUCCUCGUUUAUGCAACGGCGUCGCAGGCGUGGUCAGAUUCGGAACAUAGAUUUGCAGAAGCAAUGUUUACUUUUCACAGCUGUUUCAUCGGUCACGAAAUAGGGUUUGGGUAGUGUUAGAACUACUUUUUAUUACAUCACUUGACCAAGCCUCUUGAGCUGCAUUCAUAAAUAAUUGGAUAUUUUUAACAAAUACCAAAAUGUUCUUGCAGGGGGACACGGACAGGCAUCGCGGAAAAGGGCUAGCUGAGUGGUGGAGCUCCCGUCAUUUACCUACAUUGAGAAGCCAAAGAACCAUGAGAAGUACACUCGUCAGGCAUCUGCAUUGCAAGCGUCUGCAAUUGUGUCACGAGAUGUUUUCAUGUCAUCAGAUUAUAGCAUGGUGAGAAACCUGUCCGUGGUUCAGUCCCUGCAAGAAACGAAGAACAGGCCUCUGUUUAUAGGCAUGCGAGUGUAAAAACGUAAACCUUGCUGCUGCGUUUCGGUCUCCACGAUAGCGACGGUUGUGCACUCGAUACUAUUUGGACGAUACACAGCACGACCCACUUUUGCAGGCGUUCCGCGAGGGUGUGCGUUGGGUCAUCGGUGGUGCUGAUGCGCUGGAAGUGCAGAAAGUCGUGGCAACCGCGCUUUUUCUGCAGAACAUUGAUGAUGAAUCUCGCAACUCCGGAAAAUGGGACCCGAAGCACCUUGCUCUGGUCUGCGAGGUUCGUUUCUUUACCAACUACUUGUUGCGAAGAUGUCAUCAUCCUUUUUAUCAGUAUGAUCGUCAGCACUUCGUCUUGAUCUUUGGCACCGGCACCGCUCGCUGUCGCUAUCUGUUCCUUCUCAUCCCUGGCCACGAACUUCUCUUUAUUUUACCGCGCGUUAUGUGCAGCAUGCGAUCCGAGUAGCGACUCGAUUAAACCACCCUCCGUAUUGGACUACUCAUAUUGUAACGCACAAGCAGAAAGUGUCUAAGUACACGAGCCGGCACUUUCCUCUUUUUACCUGUUUGAAAUGUGUCGUAAGCGCGCGCCAUACUAAUUUUUCACUUUUUUGGAACAGGGCAUCGCCGGCGAGUACGACAUCGAUUGGGCGAAUCAUAUAGAUGCUUCUUUCUUUUCGCAACAUAGUCAAUAAAUCCUUUCCAGGAGGGCGCGGUCGUCGUCAGCAAAGACGCAGACGAGGCAACGCAGCUCGACAGAGACUUUAAAGAAGCUAUUGCGAAAACGAACGCCCCGGAUUUUAUCUCCAUGGCUGAUGAAGAAGUAAGAAUAUUAACAUAAACAACAUUGCUUAUUUAAUUCAGUUUCAGAUUACAUUAACAUAACUAUGUUGACACACAGUGCUCCAAUAUGACAUUUGGCCGCGACGGGCUCCAAAGCCAACCAAAAACCCCAUUUCUCUAUAUUGUCGCUUUGUUAUAUUGCCAGGCUGCAUAGAUAUUGCUCGCGACAGCCUAGCGGUCGAAAAUUGACCCUGCCCGAAACGCUGUCUGCCGGGUGUUGUGGCCAUGAGUCUGGGGCGCGCAUGCUAUUGCGCCCACUUUGGCCGCAUCGCGCAGGCGCCCGCUGCGCACCUCUUCCGCUGUCUUGUUUGUUGGAAGAGUUUUUUUCUGGAACCCAGCCCUAAUUGGAUCGAUUGGAAUUACGAGCAUGGUCUUGACGGACACCAGAGAAGAUUGCUUAUUACGCAACACAUCGCAGGAGGCCAUGGCCAAAGCAGCUGCCGCAGCUACGAAAAUCCAGAGGAGGGUGCGUAUGACAGUGCACAACUCCCCCUCCCCCUCAUUUGGACAGCGUCCACAGCAACACAAGCUCCGGCAAAUGUGCAGCUUUUGCGUCACAGAUUGGCGGUCGAUUCUAGCGCUGUUUCGGCUUCCGAAACUUGUCAUGCAAACAGUGCCAAGACGCAAGGCAACGGGUAGACUUGGCAUUUUGCAUGACGAAUGAGGGAGGGAGUUGUUCACUCUCAUAAUGCGGGCCAAAAAGGCCAGGCAGGAGUUGGCGGAAAGAAAAGCACAGGUAGUUGCGGAAGGGUCGUCAUGUGACGUAGACGUGAUUGUAGUUGUUUGUUGCAAAUGAUUUUCUGAACCGAGCUAAAUUGUUUGGAAUUAUGAGCAUUUUCUUGACGGACGCCAGAGAAGAUUGCUUAUUUACGCAACACACCGCAGGCGCAGGCCAAAGCAGAAGACGCAGCUGCAACGAAAAUCCAGUCGCAGGCGCAUAUGAGAGUGCACAACUCUCCCUCUCCCCCAUUUGGAUAGCAUCCACAGCAACACAAGCUCCGGCAAAUAUGCAGCUUUCGCAUCACAAAUCGGCGGUCGAUUCUAGCUCUGUUUCGGCUUCCGAAACUUGUCAUGUAAACUGUGCCAAGACGCAAGGCAACGGGUAGACUUGGCAUUUUGCAUGACGAAUGAGGGGGAGGGGGAGUUGUUCACUCUCAUAACCCGGGCCUACCAGCGGGCCGAAAAGGUAGUUGCGGGGGUGUCAUCAUGUGACGUAGACGUGAUUGUAGUUGUUUGCUGCAAGAAAUUUUUUACUGGAACCCAACUGAAAUUGCAAUUGGAACAAUUGAUGAGCAUCCUCUUGACGGACACCAGAGAAGCAGAAAAAAUUAAACUCCACACCGACAAACUUUAGUUCUCCAGUACGCUGGUUGUCCAUCCCACCGAAGCUCCAUGAUCUUUUCUUUGCUUUCUAUCUUAGAAGAACAUAACAAAGAACUUUGCCGAUCGUCUCAUAUUGUGAGGCGAUGGUGUUGGUGCAGCAUCCGAGUAGUGACUCGAUUAAGUAGACUACCGCCCGCGCCCGCAUUGGGCUAUUUUCUAACGCAUAAGCAGAAGGUGAAAGAGUGUAAGUACACGAGCCGGCACUUUCCUCUUUUUACCUGUUUGAGAUGUGUCGUAAGCCUGCGCCAUACUAAUUUUUCACUUUUUUGGAACAGGCCAUCGCCGACGAGUACGACGUCGAUUGGGACACGUUUCAAUACGAAGGCGAAUCCGUCGGGGACGAGCGUGGGAAAGAGGUAUCACGUGACUGAGUUGAAGCAGCGACGCAAUUUAAAAAAUUUUUUUUCCUUGAUUAUUGACAUUGAUUGUUCUUCCUCGCUCUUGCGCUGGGUGAUCCGUCUCCAAUCAAGAGUGGGUCUGCUGGUCGAGCCCUAGCCCCAGAGCCCUUCCUGCACGAAGUGCAGGCGUGGGGUCGCGUGGCGCCCUCCGCCAGACCCAAAAAACAGGGCUAAGUGCCGCGGCUCUGUUGCUUGCUGGACCGCCCGGAACUCAGGCAGAGUCAGUGCUAGCUACGGUGCGCGUUUUGCCGCCCCCCCGAACGACGUCGAUUCUGGCAGGGAGCCGGGGUCCUCUGGUCGGAAUCUGAGCCACACCCACCCAAGUCCACAAAAACCUAGCCUCGCAUUGAAGGCGUCCGCGCUUGAAGGAAGCAGCCGCGCCCCCAUGGUAUAGGUUGGAUGUCUGCUGGAAACUGGGUUCGCAGUUUGCCUUGCCGGAGGAGGGAGGGGCGCGCAGCAGCGUGCCAAAGGACGCACUAGCUGGCUACUUAUUGCCGUCUUGUCAGGCCUCACUUGCGCCAUCAGAUGUGCAUCAUUGGCGUCGGCCGUAAAGAGAAAAGCCUACGGAAAAAUUGGGCGAAGCUUUAUACUGUAGCGGCCGCUCCGGCGCGAAAAUCUUCUAUGUGUGUGUAGUUUCUUGUCCACCUUCUUCCCUUGUUUCAGUUGGACUUCAUCUACAGUGGCUCUGUUGCUUCCUACAUGACCACUCGAGUUCAUGAUGCGGCCAGCUUUAAGUUUACAAGAUUUGGGUCGCCCUAAAUGGCGACCCCUUGUUGGCCUGCCCUAGGAGUCCGGACAGGAAAGAAACCAGGAAGGGUAGAGCAGCCGCGCGCUCGCAGAAUGGUGGCGAUGAUGUUUGGAGAAUGAAAGAGAGACGGCAAGGCAGGCGCGCUCCAGAGUAAUAGACAACUCGACAGCGCGCGCGCAGGGGCGCGAGAAGAUUCCGGAUGCUUGAUUUUGGUUCGACCAGUCAAAACAACAAAGACUGGGGGCCAAGGAAAAUAAAAUCACAAAUAGCAAACGCUUGUCUUGCGGUUCUGUUAUUUCGCUUGGACUUCCACCAAACUGUCACGCUUGGAUGGUCUUGCUUCGACCAUCGGAUCAAAUGAAGAGAACUGCGACUCGACCAACACCCGAGUUCUCUUCAUCUUACAACCAUAACACAUUCAUUCGGGGGACCCGGGUACCUGGGCGCAGGUGCCCAUUGGGCCCGCAUUCAUCUGAGUGCGCGCAUUGGUCUGGCUUCCAGAUCGCGAGUGGCCGCAUGGAUUGGUGACGCGAGUUUCCACGAUGGCCAUCAUCUCUCGUAACGACGAAGCAGCUGCAGAACUGCUCAAAUCCGGGUACCUGGUCCCAGGGUACCGGGUCCCAGGGUGCCGGGUCCCAGGGUACCGGGUCCCAGGGUACCGGGUCCCAGGGUACCGGGUCCCAGGGUGCCGGGUUCCAGGGUUCCAGGGUACCGGGUCCCAGGGUACCGGGUCCCAGGGUGCCGGGUCCCAGGGUACCGGGUCCCAGGGUACCGGGCCCCAGGGUAUCAAUCUGGGCCCUACCUCUACCUAUUUCCCAUCGUAUUCGUUUUCGUACCUCAAUAAAGCAAACGCUGCCGAUCCAUCGUUUCGAAUCACGAGACGGAGGUGCAGCAUCCGCUUAGAGGCUCGAUUAGCCUAGAUACCACCUCUCUCGGAUCAACGUUCUCUCGUGGUUGCAUUGUCCUGCUCCUGGACGAACAGCCUAUUCUAAAUAUUCAUUCCGUCGAGCCUAUUGCAGAUCUAGACUCUAAUUCUACGACUAUGUAUGGUAGGCUGCUUCCUCGUCGUGUUUUGACAAUCGUGUUCCCGUCUUAACAAAAUACACAGCUUCCGGUUCCUGCUUCGUCUGCGGCCGCCGGCCCGCACACCGAGUACUUCGACCUGGCUUUUGAACGGCCGGUCGGCCAGCCUCCGGCUCGGCUUCCGGUGCGUGACGUUGAUGCAGCACAGUCGCAAGAUGUUGGGCAGCGGUCGGGGGCUGUUCAGGUAGAAGAAGUGAUGAUGAAGUAUGCACUUUUACAAUUUUCGUAGCGCUUUUCUUCGAUCUGAAUAUUCGCGGCGGCGCUUCCCACCUAGCUGCGCCUAUGGAUCGCAUGAUUUUUUCCCGGGCGCUAUAAAUAUAUGAGAUGACUGUUGUUCGAUAGAUUACUCAUAUGACGAUGACCAGCCAUUCAUUGUAGAAGAAAGUGUACUAAGUCUAAGUGUAACGCUUAGAAGCCGGACACUUUCUUUUUAGCGUAGUGUGUCUUCUUCAAAAGAAGACAGUGAACAAGGCGCAUGGGGGAACGAAAAAAACUGACACGAGGAGGGCGCUUUUGUUUUACUACAAAUAUCGCCCGGCGCCAUGGUAUGAGACCUUCAUUUAUAAUACUUAUCGUGCACGACAGGGUGCGUCGACCGGCGUCGACGAGGAUGACAGCGGUACCAGCUCCAGAGGUCCCGGGGACGCUGAUCGGACCGCAGUCAGUGCGUCAGCCGACACGACUGCAAAAGUGGUGAGAAAUAUAACAUUCCUUUGUUGAAACGCCUAUGCAAUCUACCUUUUUAUCGGAUUCGGACCCCAAUCCCAUGAAGCGUUUUAGUUGACUUCGUCAAUCUUGUUUAAGUACUUGUCACGUACUCGAAUAAACCACAAUCAUCUACGGCUUUGUAGACGACGUGGUUACAAAUACAUAAAUUUGCAUUCCGUAGUUCAGUAGAUUCGGCCAACUUAAUUACAGGAAUACGAGAAAGUUCAAGACGGCGAACGAACAAUUCUAGUACCACUUCACCCUGCUCUUGCCGAAGGAGGAUCGGGACUGAUUCCUGCUGGUGAAGAUCGUGCGCCGAAGCCGGUUCCUUCGCAGGUUAGACUGUGUGCCUUGUUGAUUUGCAACUUAUUGAGUUUUAUGAUAUGUUUUUCAUGCUGGUGCCAUAUUGAUAAAGUCCGUGACGCGGAUCCUUUUGUGGUCGUGUUUGGAAAAAAUGGAAUGAAGACCAAGACAACAAUAUAUGUGAGAUGAUUGUUGUAUAGAUGACCACUCAGAUGACCAGCUUGGCGGGUUUGUUUGCGGGAUUGUGAUUGCAGAUCGCGAAUGUGAUCAAUCAAAACAACAAAGACUGGGGGCCAAGGAAAAUAACUCACCAAUAGAAAGCGCUUGUCUUGCAGUUCUGUUAUUUCGCUUGGACUUCCACCAAACUGUCACGCUUCCUUGGAUGGUUUUGCUUCGAGCAACGGAUCAAAUGAAUAGAACUUCGACUCGACCAACACCCGAGUUCUCUCCAUCUUACAACCAUAACACACAGGUGGACAAGAACAAGGACGUGUGGGACAUGGAUUGGACCACGUUUGGAUCUACCAACUCGGACAAGAGCCACGAUUGAGCAGGAGCCCGCAUCACUACUUCAUCCAGGCCAGGAGAACCAACGCUCGCGUUUAUCGUGUUAAUUUUCAACGACUCACUGCAUCAUGUCGCAAGGUUUUCUCAAAAAAACAGCCUCUCAGUUUUCGCUCACUUACUUGCAGUGCAAAAUUUCACAUUUCGGCUAGGAUCUUCAUUUUGCAAUGUAGAAAAUACGUGGAAGGAACGGAACCAGAAUCUUUCUAUAAUUUUUCGACCGUCGCACCAAAAGACAAAGCUUGUUUACUGUUUGUGAAUGCAAGAACCCUACGACAACAACUCCGGCCACGCCACGGUCGUGAGAACAAGUAUCAAAGUCAAUCCAUUGCGUUUUCAUUUUAACUUAUACAGCCACAAGAAGUACGAGUACUAGCACUCGUGGCACUAAAC